AUGAGUGAAAGUUGGUCACGUUCACAAAGACAACAAUCAAUGACAUAUCCCGGUAUUGCUAAUCUAUGCAUGCCACCGAGUAGUGUCACUGGUUCAAAUCGUAGUCGCCGUCCAUCGUGGUCUGAUGCUAAAAAAGUUUGGAAUGCUGGUGAUGAAGAUCAUUAUUCAGAUUCACAUACACAGAUUUUAAAAAAAUUAGAUAAUUAUUAUCGUAAAGUAAAACGUCAAAUUCUUGCUUUUCAAAGUUUAACAACUGGCCUUUUUCCUAAUCAUCUCGAGCCAGAUAAAAAAGUUGCACAUGUUGUUGAAAAUGUAUUUUGUGCUACUGCUGUGUGGUCAUUACGACAAUGUUAUUGUAAAAUUGAUAAUGAUCAAGGACGAGCACAUGAAUUAGGACAAGCCGCUGUUAAAUGUAUGCGUGGUAUACUUGACUGUUGGAUGAGACAAGCAAAAAAAAUUGAAGUAUUUAAAGGUGAACAAUCACCAAAAGAUGCAUUACAUUCAAAAUUUAAUGUUUUGGAUGGUAGUGAAGUUGAAGAUGCUGAUGAAGUUGGUCAAUUACAGAUAUGUGCGAUAUCAAUUUAUUUAUUAACACUUGUACAAAUGAUAACAUCAAAUCUUGAAAUUAUAUUUUCCAUGGAUGAAGUUAAUUUUGUUCAACAACUUAUUUUUUAUAUUGAACGUGCUUAUCGUACACCAGAUUAUGGAAUAUGGGAAAGAGGAAGUAAAUAUAAUACAAACACAUGUGAACUUCAUGCAACUUCAAUCGGUAUGGCAAAAGCAGCACUUGAAGCUAUGAAUGGUUUUAAUUUAUAUGGUGAUAAAGGAGCUAAUUGGUCAGUAGUUUAUGUUGAUGUGGAUGCACAUAAUCGAAAUCGAACAACAUUUGAUACACUUUUACCUCGAGAAUCUGCAUCGAAAAAUACGGAUGCUGCUUUAUUACUCACAGUUAGUUGGCCAACAUUUGCUGUUCAUGAUUCAACACUUGUACAAAAUACAAUUCGAAAAUGUAUUAGAAAAUUACGAGGAACACAUGGUUUUAAAAGAUUUCUACGUGACGGACAAUAUACAGAUUUAGAAUCUAAAGAUCAACGAUUUUAUGAAGCAACAGAAAUUAAAAAAUUUGAUAAAAACGAAUGUCAAUGGCCAAUGUUCUAUGCUGUCAUGAUUAUUGACGGUAUAUUUAAAAAUAAUCAAGCACAAGUUGAUGAAUAUAUGGCAGCCUUGAAUCCCUUGCUACGACAUACAACUGAAGGUGAAAUGAUGGUGCAUCAUUAUUAUGUUGAUCAUUCAAGACUACAUAGUAGUGCACAAAGUGAAGCUAGUGAACGUGGUAACAAUCAACAGUUACCAUUUGCUUGUAGUUCUGAAAUUCUUUAUGGAAAUUUCUUUCUUUUUGGUCAAUCUGUUUGGAUUAUUUGUCAAUUACUUGUUGAUAAAUUAUUAACAAUCACCGAUCUUGAUCCAAUUCGACGUUAUUUACCACCAAGUGAUCGACCAAAAGCAAAUUCUCGAUAUUCAUCUAUACAAGAUUCAUUACGUUAUCAAUAUACUCCAAAUAUACCAAAAUUAAUUACAAGUUCGGCAUAUGAUCCAGUUUAUCCAAAACAACAAACUACUGGAGUUGUACCAGCAAAUGUCACAUUUUCCGAUUUAGUGAUACAUGUUGUUGCUAUCUCAGAAUCUGUUCGUUUACAACAAGUUUUAGCAACAUAUGGUAUUCAAACGCAAACACCAAAACAAGUUGAACCAAUUUUAAUAUGGCCACCAUCAGAAUUAGUUAAAGCAUAUACAAAUUUAGGUAUAAAUAAAAAGUUUGGCUUUAGUGGUCGUCCUGAUCGACCUGUUGGUGUGCUUGGUACUUGUAAAACUUAUAGAAUAUGCUCGAAAACUGUUCUGUGUUAUCCAUUAACAUUUGAAACGAAUGAUUUUUAUAUGUCAAGUGAUAUGACUCUAUUGUUGGAUAACAUUCGAAGUGAUUUUGAGUUUUUAACUAAAUGUUGGCGUCUUAAAGGUCGACCAAUAUAUUUAAUGAUGUUACGUGAACGUCAUCUACGAGGUCCACAAAAAUCAGAUCUUCUAGAAUUAUUAACAUCAAUUCGUAAUGGAAAACUUGGAACAAAUAUAUUUGUACGACUUGAACGUUUACAAACUGCGAUAUCAAGUGCUUGUAUUGAACAUUUAGAUUUUUUAAAUAAUUCAAUAUGUACAGCUAUUGAUUGGCAAUCGGUUGCUGUUCAUGAAUAUAAGAAUACAUCGGAAAUCGGUCAAUAUAAAUCAUUAACAGAUGUAUCAAAGACACCUUUUAUUUCUGAAGAUAUUGAUUAUAUCAAUAGUGACUUUAAAGAUCGUACUGAAGAAGAAUUACGUGAAUUUAUUUGUAAUACGGAUAUAUCAUUAGGUUCAUUAAAAAAACAUGCAUUAGCUACUUAUGAGUUAUAUAAAACUGGUGGUCUUGAUUGGAUGAUUAAAGAAAAUUAUCGUGUUAAAAAUCAUCUUGAACAUUUAUUAAAAGAAGCAGCAACAUGGCAACAUUGGGCUGUUAUUCGUUUUGUCUCAAGUCUUUUACAUAAAAUGGUGGACAGUUUAGCUCCAUCAGUAACAAAUUUACUUGUACGAGGGAAAACAGUUACAAUUGGAGUUUUCGGUCACGAAGAAACAAUCAUUGAUAAACCAAUACGUCCAAAUGAAAUUUUUAAGAUACUUUACGAUGAAAAAGUAUUUGGCAAUAGUAUAUUUCAUGCUGUUUUAUUACAAGAAAUACUUAUUAAUGUGUCUGUUUUUAUGUUAACAUCUCCGCAACUUUUUAAUGGCAUUCUCAAACUACGACUGGGAUGGCUUUUUCAAGCGAUGAAACUCGGUUUGGAACAUUCGAGUGUAGAUGCUGAAGAUCCUGCGACAUUAAAUACAUUAUCACCAAAUGAAAUUAAGCAAUUAGUUUUUUAUGUUUUAACAAGUGAUUCACAACAAGCAACACCACCAACUGCUGGUGAUGUUGAACAACGUUCCUCUUUUCAAAAACGUCAGAUGGAUGGAGCAUUGUGUCGUGUUCCAGCUGAUUUUUUUGAACAUGUUUGGUCAAUACUUGAACGAACACCAGGUGGAAUAAAAUUAUGUGAUGCUCUUCUUCCACAACAACCAACAUUAUCUGAUAUGACUGAUUAUGAAUUAAAUUUUUCAUUAAAAAUUGAAGAAAUGCUCAGUCGAAUAUCUGAUCCAGCCUAUCGAUGUCUUGUUGUCGAAAUGUUUGAAUUAAUAAAUGUUUUAUUAAAACGUAAUUCGGAAUUACGUUUUACUGAAACACUUGAUGUGGAUUAUUUAAUAAAUGAAGCUGUAAAAUUAUAUCAACAACAAACAAAUUCGAAAGAUCCGUAUAAAGAUUUUUAUAAUUUACCGAUUCAGCUUGUUGGUGGUUCAACUGGUUAUAUGGUCCGUGUCAUUAUCAAUUAUUUAUUUAAUGCAAAUAUUCAAAAAGCCGAUGGUAUUGAUUUAAAUAUGAGUACAAAUACUGACAUUUGCAAAAUCUCAUAG